AUGGAAAAACACGGCAUACAGCACACAUCCGACGAUCCUGACAGCCUGUCCUUUGUCGGUGAUGCGGAAGAGUAUCUCGUCGUCGCAGUUGUCGUUUCCGUCGUGUUCGCUCGUCGGUAUCGUGUUCAGCCCUCGCAGUCGUUACCGUGUGAAUGUUUACUCCUUUCAUGUGGGUGUUGGCGCCAGCUCAUACACUCAAACACUUUUAAAUAUCUCUGUCAGUUAUACAGCGAAACCAUCCAAUACCUAGUAGACAUAAUCUUCGGUACUGACCAUCGGCGUAGUAAGUUACUAAUUCGAAUCCGCCUUCCUGAUCGCAAUGUUACAAUUUACGUCACUCCUCUUCCUACCAGAAUCCAAAUUUGA